UUCCGCUCCGACCGAGUGGCGCUUCGCGCGGGCUGGGGUUGACGAGGUCCGGAACCUCUCGGCAGGUCUCUUCAGUCUUGGGACCAUGGCCACCGACUCUUGGGCGCUGGCGGUGGACGAGCAGGAAGCCGCUGUCAAGUCGAUGAGCAGUUUGCAGAUCAAAGAAGAAAAAAUCCAAGCAGACACAAAUGGUGUUAUCAAAACCAGCACCUCCGCGGAGAAGACGGAGGAGGAAGAGAAAGAGGACAGAGCCGCUCAGUCUUUGCUCAACAAGCUGAUCAGAAGCAAUCUUGUGGAUAACACCAACCAAGUAGAAGUCCUGCAGAGGGACCCAAGCUCGCCUCUCUACUCAGUGAAGUCUUUCGAAGAGCUUCGUCUGAAACCGCAGCUCCUCCAAGGAGUCUAUGCCAUGGGCUUCAAUCGACCAUCCAAGAUCCAGGAGAAUGCGUUGCCCAUGAUGCUUGCUGAACCCCCACAGAACCUGAUUGCCCAAUCUCAGUCUGGUACUGGGAAAACAGCUGCCUUUGUUUUAGCUAUGCUCAGCAGAGUGGAACCAGCAGACGGAUACCCUCAGUGUUUGUGCCUGUCCCCGACAUAUGAACUGGCACUUCAAACGGGAAAAGUGAUUGAGCAGAUGGGCAAAUUUCAUCCAGAACUGAAGCUAGCUUAUGCUGUUAGAGGCAAUAAAUUGGACAGAGGUCAGAAGGUCAGUGAGCAGAUUGUCAUUGGCACCCCCGGGACCGUCCUGGACUGGUGCUCCAAGCUGAAGUUCAUUGACCCCAAGAAGAUCAAGGUGUUUGUUCUGGACGAGGCUGACGUGAUGAUAGCAACUCAAGGCCACCAAGACCAGAGCAUCCGCAUCCAGAGGAUGCUGCCCAGAAACUGCCAGAUGCUGCUCUUCUCUGCCACCUUUGAAGAUUCAGUGUGGAAGUUUGCCCAGAAGGUGGUCCCAGACCCCAACAUCAUCAAACUUAAGCGUGAAGAGGAGACUUUGGACACCAUCAAACAGUAUUAUGUCGUUUGCAAUAACAGAGAAGAGAAGUUCCAGGCCCUGUGCAACCUGUACGGGGCCAUCACCAUCGCCCAAGCCAUGAUCUUCUGCCAUACCCGCAAAACAGCUAGCUGGCUGGCAGCGGAGCUCUCCAAAGAGGGCCACCAGGUGGCUCUGCUGAGUGGGGAGAUGAUGGUGGAGCAGAGGGCAGCUGUGAUUGAGCGCUUCCGAGAAGGCAAAGAGAAGGUCCUGGUGACCACCAACGUGUGUGCCCGUGGUAUUGAUGUUGAACAAGUGUCUGUCGUCAUCAAUUUUGACCUUCCUGUGGACAAGGACGGGAACCCGGACAACGAGACCUACCUGCACCGCAUCGGGCGCACGGGCCGCUUUGGCAAGAGGGGUCUGGCUGUAAACAUGGUUGACAGCAAGCACAGCAUGAAUAUCCUCAACAGAAUCCAGGAGCAUUUUAAUAAGAAGAUAGAAAGAUUGGACACAGAUGAUUUGGAUGAGAUCGAGAAAAUAGCCAACUGAGAAGCUUCACCAGCAACUGGCACCACCCUCAGCACUGUCCCUGCCUGGGAGCGUGGAGCUUUCAUGGCAUAGGCCUUGACAGGCACCUCAAAGACCAAGGCCUGAGUAGAGACUACCUACCUCAUUCAGGAUUACGUUUGAAACUGACAGAUUUGUGCAAACAGUGGGGGACAUGCAAGGAGAAUUUUUGCAGUUUAGAAAAUAGUCCUAGACACAUGUGGUGGCGCAGACCUUUAAUCCCAGCACUUGAGAGGCAGAGGCAGAGGCAGGGGUGUCUGUCAUUCCAGGCCAGCCUGGUCUUCAGAGUUCCAGGGCAGCUAGAGCUACAAAGUGAGACCUUGUUUCCAAACAUAGUCCUCAGCUCUGUCUCCCUUUAAAGCCACAUUGUCUCUUCUAUGGCAGUAUGGUUGGGACUGGUGGUGUUUCAGUCCAGAACUUGCUGCCCACUCCCUGGCUCCUGUGUUCGGACCAACCUCCAGCCUUGAAUAAAUGACAGAAAAAGGUGGUUCAGAGACCAGGAGAGCCCUGGCUAUAACUUAGAUGCCUUUUAUAGUGCCAGUAGAGCCCUGAGUGCCAUUCCCUCCCAUAGCCCCUUCUCUCUUCCUGCUGGUGAGCGUCUUGGCUGCUGCUUUAUUCUUCAGAUUGGCAAACAAGAUGGAAGUCAGCAAAAUCACAGACUCACAAGGGAGACUGAUUGGUAUACUGAUUGGUAUAUCUCUUCCACUUCAUCUGUUCUGGACCUGGCUCAUUGUUUGGUUCUAAUCCAUGGGAUUUCAUGCCAACAGCAAUUUAGAAAGGAAGUUAUGACCAAACAAAAAAAUAUUCAUUAUGCUGUUAGCCGACUUAUGGAUUACUUCAUACAUUGUAUGAAUAAGAUUAGAUAAGGCACAGUGAUAAUACAUCAUUUUCAGAAAUUUUUAAAUUAUGAGAAGCAAUUUACUAAUCAUGGUUUGUUAUUUGUAUUUUUAUGCUUACUAGACUAAUAUAUGUGCAUUAAAAUUGUGUAUGAUA